AUGAGAGGAGUAUGUAAUAAUCGAGUUUUAUAUAAAUUUGGUUUAAAAUUAUUUUGUGAAUCUGAGAAUGAAGAUGCAAUUUCAUGUUUUGAAAAUUUAAAUGCUAUUAAAACUGUUAAUAUACAAUGUGCGAGUGGUUAUUAUAAUGAAGAUGAUAUUAAACAACAAACAAUUAUUUGUCAGGAAAAUGAUCAAUGGUCUAAUAUACCAAUGAUAUGUUUACCAAAAUGUGGUGGACAUCCUAAUACUGUUGAAUUAAUAUAUGAAAAUCAAAAGAAACCGACAUGGUAUGCUGAAAUUAUUGGUAAAAAUAAUCUUGUUUAUCCGGGUAUAAUAUUAUUUGAAAGAGAAAUUUUAACAAGAUGCAAAUAUUUUAUGGGAAAUGAUAAUAAUAAUUAUAAUAUACGUAUACAAAAAAAUUAUUAUAAAAUUAAUAAAAUAACACCAUUUAGAACUUAUUUGAUACCAGAUGAGAAUUGCGAUAAUUGUUCUUUUGAUGAACUUUGUGGUAUAAGUUUAGAAGAUGGGGUUUUCAUUAGAUAUGAUAAAAAUAUACAGCCAGCUUGUAGUCCAGCUAAUAGUUAUGUAUAUUCAUCAAAAUUUUUAGAAUUUUUCGAUACAAAAUUCCAGGAGAAUCGAAUAAAUCAAUUUAUACCGGCACUGAAUGGUGAAUGUACUGUACCACAUGUUGAUAAUACAAAAACCGAAGUUAAUUGUUUUAAAGCUAAAAACAGUGGACUACAAACAUUUGAACCGAUAGAAUGUGCAAGACGUGCUGAUUUAAUAAUAACACAUUGUCGUAUUGGUUAUCAAAGUAGAUUAUCAAAUCAAAAAGAUUAUUUAGCACGUUGUAUACGUAAUGAUUGGCAAUAUGUUGGUGGUAAAGAGAAUACAUGUGAUUUAAUAUGCGGUACAGUUGAUUCAAAUUAUCGACCAUCAUUAACACCAUUAAUAAGUAGUGGUACUAAAGCUAAUAUUAUACAAGUACCAUGGCAUGUUGGAAUUUAUGCAAAUAAUACACAAAUUGUACCAACAAUUCAACAAGUUUGUGGUGGUACAAUUAUUCAUUCAAAUAUUAUUAUAUCGGCGGCACAUUGUGUUUAUGAUCGCAGUAAAAAUAAAUUAUUGAGUCCAAGUAGUUAUUUAGUUGGAGCCGGUAAAACAUAUCGUACAUAUGAAAUAGCAGAAGAAUAUGAUCAUUUUGCUAAAGUUAUUGAUUUACAUAUUCCACCAAAUUAUCAUCCAUCUGAAAUUUAUAAUGAUAUUGCAAUAUUAAUAUUAGAUCAUCAUUUAAAAUAUACAUCACAUAUAAAACCAAUUUGUAUUGAUUGGGAAUCAUUUAAUAAUCAAGAUAUUAAAGCUGGUACACAAGGUAUAAUAGCUGGUUGGGGUGCAACAUCAAAAGAUGAUAUUCAAAGUACUGAAUUAUUGAUAGCUAAUUUUACAACUGUUACAAAUAAUGAAUGUAAAAAAUUAGUUGAUCCAAAUCAUAGAUCUGAUAUUACUGGUGAUAAAUUUUGUGCAACAAGUGAAAAGAAAGCAAGCGCUUGUCGUGGUGAUAGCGGUGGUGGUUUUGUAUACAAAAAAAAUAUAGGAUACGGUGAACGUUAUUAUUUUGGUGGUGUUGUUAGUAUUGGUUAUAAUAUUGAUAAAUAUUGUUCAGAUGAUUUCUUAACAUUAUUUACAAAUAUUCAAUUGUAUCAAGAUUUAAUUAAAAGUGUUGUUUUAGAUAGUAGAAAUUCAAAAUUAUUUUAAAGUGAUGUUUAAAUUAUGGACAAU